GAAAAACGAAACGAUUCGUCCUUCAGGCCCGCAGUGCAGUGAGGACCUGUUGAGCGGACGAGUCCGCUUGUCCACCGCUCAGCCGCCUCUCGCGAGAUCCAUUAGCGGCCUUAUCCAUCGCGCCACGUAGCGGCUUCUCGUCCGACGGUGAGUGGGAAGAUGCGGCGAUUGGCUCACUCACAAGCCCGGUGUGUGUUGGUGGUCUUCAGGUCUGCCUUGGUGGUCUUCAGGUCUGCCUUGUCGGCGGGCGAGUCGGAUUGAUGAAUGGUCACCUCAUACGUUGAUAGGCAAGCCCUGAUGCACGCAACACACAGGCACACACAGGCACACACCAGGCCCAUCUCUGUGUGUGUGUUCCAUGGUGCAGCUGUCUGUGUGUUUGAGUGAGUGAGAGCGAUGUCGUCGGGCCGUCAGAACACCGACAUGGCCCCUGCUGGCCGGGCAGACGGUGGCAAUGGCGAUGAAGGUACACUCAGCUCAGACAAAUGCAGCACAUCACACACAAGGCAACAUCGUGUGUGUGGAUGUGUGUGUUCCUUUGCAGACGAUGUAGCCGGGGAGGAGACCAACGGCUUUUAUUUGACGAGGGUGAGCGACGAGCUGUGAGAUAUAGCAAGGCAGCACGGUCACGACUGCUCGUGUAUGUGUAUUUGUGUGUGUGUGUGCGUGUGUGCGUGUGCAGGUGUUGUCCGUGUUGAAGGGGGCCGCGGUGUCGGCGGGCAGAGCCGGGGACGACAGAACACAGGUACACGCCGGCCGAUCCACCGACACACAAAUCAGAAUCGCCCUUCAGAGCUCAUCGUUAGUAAUCUUGUAUGUGUUUGCCCGUUGUGCCAACCACAGGUGCGCCGUUACCACACAACUGGUUCCCUCCCGGCACCAGUGGCGCUAGCAGACGGCUAUCCGAGCGCAUCCUCCGCCGCACAGUCACCGGCGAACAGCAUGUGACGGACGUGAUCCAGCAGCAUAAGGCCGACCCCAAUGUGGAGCUGUGGCUACAUACGGAUGAUGAGAAUGGCCAUUCUAGCUAUGCAGAUUAUCCGCUGCUGGCGCUGUGCCCUGACAACCUCUCGGACAACCGCGUGCGAUCCAUCUGGGCAGCCGACAGGGACGUGGACGACGACAUGGAGGCUUGUGGGUGUCCCGUCGUCUUGCCCAUGUGGCAGACCCCCAGCCUCCAGCUCGCCAUCAUGCGAGUCCUGAUCGAGAGAGGGGCGGACAUCAAUGCGGGUGAUCUGUGUGCGCCCAUCGUUGUGGCCAUCAGAGCCUGCAAUCGGGCCGCAUUCGACCUCCUGAUCGGCCAGCCAGGUACGCACCCAUUCACAGCACUCACGACACGGAACACACAGCAUGGUGGCUGUCUGUCUGUCUGUCUGUUUCAGGCAUCCAGCUGCAGGGGCGAUGCGUGCUGAUGGUGCCGCCUUCUCGUCGGACGGAUCAGCCGACUGAGGCUGACGAGGCCACCCUGCUGUCCUUCUACCGGGAGCUCAUCCAGCGGGACAGCACACUCGCAACAGAGCGGGACCCGGAUGGCACCAAUCCGGUGCAUUGGGCGGCCGCGGGCCCUCCCGUCUGGUCCCAGCGGUUCAUCGAGAUCUAUCUCGACCUGCUGGUGAACAACGGGGCCGACCUCAGGGCCGUGGACAAUGAUGGAUGGACUCCAUUGCACUUCGCGGCGGACUGGGGCUCCCACUGUGUCGCUGCGUCUCUGUGUCGCCGCCUCGCCGCUGCUGACGUCAACAGAGGGCUGCCGAAUGACCCCACCUACACACCCCUCACCCGUGCUGCCCAACAGCUCGACGAGGACACCCAACGGCUGCAGGACGACAACACGGAGCAGACCGAGAGGGACCGGGCCACCAUCCGGAUUCCCCACGUCAAGACCACCAUCCGUGUGCUGCUCCAAGCGGGCGGUGACAUCGCCCGCAUGCCCACCGCCACACAAAAGGACCACCGCAGUCGCCAGCUGGUGUCGACCGUGGCCAACGAGCUGCCCAUUCCCGAGCCGCGCCCCGCCACCAUCGAGGCGCAGGAGCGGCUGCAGAAGAGGAAGGAGGACCGCGACAAGCGCAAGGGCCGACAGGCCACACGAGAGCUCAGGGAGGCCCCCACAGCGGCCGAAUUGGCGCGACAGCAGAAAGAGGCCGACGCCCAUGCGGAGGCCCUCAUCAGAGAGGAGGCGGCCAAGAAGAAGACGGCGGCCAACAAGAAGGAGGCGAGCAAGAAGAAGGACAAGAAUCAGGGCAAGAGGGCGGGCAAGAGGCAGCCCAGCACAGCCACCUCCACCUCCACCAGCAGCCCGCCGGGCGGCGAAGACGAUCAGGCGGACAGCAGUGGGGCAGCCGAUGAUCAAGAUGAAGACAUCGACACCCUCCUGCUGAGGUCAGCUUUCGCCAGCCGCGCCGUCGAAAGCCAGAAGCAGACAACCAAGCUCGAACAGCAGAAGGCGACACCCACCAGACGCGAGCCACCUGCCCACACCAAAGAGUCGACUCGUUCCCCCUUCUCGCCCUUCCAGCCUCCCACACGCAAGCCCAAAAAGACUGAGCAGCCGUCAGCUGACCGUCUGCUGCUCUCUCGCCCCAGCGGUGUGUCGACGGCCGAUCAGACGCCGCGCGAGGAGCGCCUUCCGGGCCCAUUGGCAGGCAGCAAAUUGGGCAGAGGCAGGGGGCUGGGCCUCCCGGCUGCUGCACCAGCCCUGUUGUCUCGGCCUGCCCCUCCCACUCCCCGUCUGCCAUCGGCUGAGGAGCUGCGCGAGUCGGCCAGGCGGCGAUCGUUUGUGUCGUCGAGCACAUCCCACCCGCCCCCACCCCCCCGGCCCCUCUCACCUGCACACCAAUCGCCGAGCGGUGCCGAUGAUGGAUUCCCGCCUCUAGCACAUGCGUCACAGCAGCUGUAGGCAGACAGACAGAGAGAAGGGGAUGAAUGGAUGUGCACAAUGAAUGGUGUUGUUGUGUGUCGUCGUCUCUCUUUGUGUCAGCAACGGCUCGUUUCCCGCGUCCUCGAGUGGACAUCGUCCGUCAUGUCACCGGGGCCCCCCGCCACUCGUCAAGUAUCCCAAGUAAGGCACUGACAGGCCGACAUGAGGCCACCUCACUCACACACCAAUGGGUGAUUAUCGUGCACCCAUCUUCUCAUGUCGUUAGGGGCUCUUGUAGGCGUGUUGAGUGGGUGGCUGAGGAGGGUCUUGAGCGUGACGCUGGUAGCGACGCAGAAGACAGUGGCGCUGACGGCGAAGACACAGACCCAGUGCAGAGGUCGGCACAGCCAGGCCCACCACACACUUGCUCACUUAUUGCGGCUGUCAUGCAGGCUGCUGUCGGCUGCGGCAGCUGCUGAUGACGCCGACAACAAGGGCACUCGUCGGCCGAACAGACACAGGUGAUCUCCGUUGGCCAGUGCUGAGCCUCUCCCAACUGCAUCCCUUGUGUGGUUUGCAGGCCCUCGUCUCACUCGUCAGGUGCCGCCGCGGCAUGUGCAUCUGCGUCUGCCUCACCGCCGUCAUUCCGAGCGGCAAACGACGCUCGCUACCCAGAGCACCGACACCAAGACGACAGGUCCGUUAUUUGCUACAGACGUGCAGUGCACAAGCACGGCAGAGGUAUCAUAUAUUCUGUGUGUGCAGUGAGGAUGACGAGCAAAGCCAGAUGGCCAUCCGUGCGUCACUCCACGAGGCCACGACCGCCGCCAUGAUGAUGCCCCCGCCAUCCCCGCCCUCCUUGUCGCUGUCGUCUGGUGGCCAUGCCAGUGGCGCAUCCGCAGCAGCAGCGGCGCCGCUGGGCCCUCAAGAAGAUACCGUGUCCAGGGCUAUGUUUCCCCCGUCCUCGAGUGUGGAUCGUCCCUCGUCUCACCGGGGCCCUCCGCCACUCGUCAAGUCUCCCAAGUCAGAUGCAGACAGAACGAUGAAUCGCCACACGUGGCCACACACCUGGUUGGCUCUGUUCAUCUUCUGCUUAGGUCAUUGGAGCUGUCAUUGGGACAGGACAGUUCUGACGAGUUGGAUGAUGCCUCUUGCCCGCCGCCAUUGUCUGAGCACAGGUAUACACACAGCCGCCUCCAAUUCGCUGUCUCUUUUCAUCUGUGUCGUGUGGUGUCACCUCUUCUUCGUAUGGUGCCUUCCUGCCGUCCAGUAGCUACGGCUUUGCCCCUACCGAGCCAUCGCCAGCAGCAGCAGCAGCAGCAGCCACCUCCUCGUCUAAUGGCUACAACUACCCCAGUGAGCCACCAUUAUCACCAGCAGCAGCAGCAGCCGCGGCCAGUGCGUCUUCGUCUCAGCGAUUUGACCAAUCGUACGCCACACACUCAUUCACUCAAGCAGGGAGAGGGCAGGCUGGUGACGGCCAUCCCUUCAGCGGCUCAUACGACGACUCAUCGCAAUACCACCACACGGCUCCAGAGUACGCUCGUGCAUACCAAUGAGCUGCUUGCAGGUGCCCUCAUACUUGUGUUCUCUGUCUGUCUGUCAGGCCUUAUGAGUGGCCGUCAUGGUCCAACGGGUCGUGGGCUAAUGAGGAUAUCCCUGACAGUGAGGUGCCGCUUCCGGGUCCGAUAUUCGAAAAUGAGGAGGACGACCAAACACUGCCACACUCGGCAUCACCAUACGCCGCUGCUGCUGCUGCUGGUGGUGGUGGAGAUGAGAGGUACGCACACACGAUGACCGAUCAAUUGUUCUUGAACGGAUUGAUCGGAUGUGUUCAGUAUCGCCGGGACGUCUCGUGAGAAUGAGGUGCUCAAGCGUGAGAAUGAGGAGCUCAAGCGAAGGUACGCACCACAUAAUGCAACCAGGGGAGGAACACUCAUCAUGCACUCACUGUGCGGUCGAUCAGGCUGGCCGAGUUGACCGUCCAGCAGCCGCCCCAUUCAUCCCAGCCACCCUCGUCCAGCAGCUCAAGCGCCCCUCCCCCACUCCAGCCACACUCACGGCCACAGCCACAGCAGCCACAUGGCAGCGCUGACGACACGGCUGGCGAGUGUGUGAUACGUUUCGGCGAGCACGGCGCUGCGUCGAUCAUGUAUGUGCCGUGCAAGCACCUGUGUGUGUGCGGCCACUGCUAUGCCGAUCGCCGGCGGCGCCACGAGGCUCGGGUGCGGCGCAUUCGGCGGCUCAACGCCCGAGCUGAGAGCGAGGCCGACAAGCGGCCCAUCCCCACGUUCGAGUGUGACAUCUGCCGCAAAGAGGUCGGCUUCGCCGGCACUCAGGCAGAGGUGCGCCAGUGGAUCGAACGACCAUUCACUUAG